CACCCCCAAUUCCCUUGGCCUUGAACGCGAGUCCUGAGCAGCAGUGAGCCACUGAGUCCUAACCCCAAUCGGAGCUCUCAGCCCCAAUCGAAAGCUCUGCCUCUCAGCCUCUCACAGUCGCACUCUCCUCUCUGCAGUGGCGCUCUCCUCUCACGGCGGCGAACCCACGUUCCUCCCGGUCUCCCACCACCUCGCAGCGAAGCCUUCCUCCCAACGCCGCCGAACCCCUUCGCGGAUAGAGCACCACGAAGCCCUAGCCACAGCCGACCCUUGCACACCGCAAUAGCAAUCUAGCAGAGCACGAACCUCAUCCCUCGCACCCAGCACUCCAGCAGUAGCAGAGCACGACCCUCGUGACCUCGUCCCUCGCACCCAGGAGUAGCAGAGCACGACCCUUGCUCCCUCGCACCCAACAGUAGCAGAGCACCACCCUCGCCACCCACUAGUGUUUGGGGAUGAUGUGAUGGAAGUAGUUGCAUCUUGGACAAAAGCCUUGUGCGUUGACAUCUCUCAAGGCCGCAUACCAAAUCAUGUUGAUGAUGUCAAAGCUGAAGCUAGUGAAUUAGGAAAUAAAGUUUUGUCUAGUUGGAGUGUACUUGACAUUGGGACACGCAAUAGUUUGCUUCUCCAAGAAUUAGCUAAACAAGGGUUCUCUUAUUUGACUGGUACGGAUUAUAGUGAAGGGGCCAUCAGCCUUGCUCAAAGCGUUGCUAAUCGGGUUGCUAAUCGGGAUGUAUUUUUUUUUGAAUUGAUUGAAAAAACCGAACAAAUCGAACCAAAAUUGGUUUGGUUUGGUUCGGAUGGCUUCAAUAAAAAAUCGAACCAAACCGAAUCGCAGUUGAAUUACACGAUCGGAUCAGAAGACUUUUUUCUCAAAAACCAAACCAAACCGCACCGCGAAUACCCCUAUUGCUACUUUUUUAUGCCUACAACUAGAAAGCCAAUAAUAUAUUAAAAGAUAAAAAGUCAUCUGAAUAAAUAUACACUUUCUCAUAUAUAAAAUAAAAGGUAUGAUUUGGGAAGAGAAUAGGGUAUUUUGAGAAUUUGGAAUGAAGAAGAAGAGAAUUGAGGGGGAAAGAGCAGAGAGUGUUGUGCUACAAGAGUGGAAAAGAGCAAAGAGCAGCAGCAACAUGCAGAAAAAAGGAAAGAAAGAAAGAAAGAGACCCUAAAACUAGUAACGCUUUAAUUACUUUCUUUUUAACUUAAUUACAUGUUUCUCAACAAAUUCAA